AUGAACGCAGAGGUGUCAAACUAUGAACGAAGCAGGUCUGCGCAAUCUCACGACGAUCCGCCCGACGGUGGCUAUUCAGCUUGGAUGUCUGUUCUGGCAGCUUUCCUCUCCAUCAUGAAUACUUGGGGCUUGGUCAUCUCCGUCGGAGUCUUCCAGACUUACCAAGUCAACAAUCUCCAUCGAUCUCCCGCCGACAUUGCGUGGAUAGGCUCCCUCGCCGUAUUCUUCCUCUUCUUCGGCGGCCUAGUGACCGGCCGCCUCUCGGACUCCGGCUACUUCCACCAUGUCACCAUCAUCGGGGUAAUACUCAUCACUUUGGGCACUUUCAUGACGUCCAUCUGCGAAAAGUACUGGCAAUUGGUCAUCGCACAAGGCCUGUGCGUCGGCCUCGGAAACGGGUGUCUACAGACCCCUAUGAUGGCUGUCGUUUCGACCUAUUUCCGUAAGAAGCUGCCUCUGGCCAUGGGCAUCGCUGCCUGCGGGAGCGUGGCGGAAGGACUCGUGUAUCCGAGCAUGGCGAGAACGUUGCUGCCAACAGUCGGUUUCGGAUGGACGAUGAGGGCCAUCGGGUUCGUGCAGACAGGGACGCUGGCCAUAGCCGUGGCAUCGGCGUUUUUCGGCGUCUUCUUCGGCUUCUUUUUCCUGACAUCCUACGCCCGAGAUAUUCAGGGCAUGACGUACACCGAGUCUCUUGACCUUUUGCUCGUCCUCAACGGCAUCGGGUUCGUCGGCCGCCUCCUGCCCAGCCUUAUUGCUAGGUAUCUGGGAACGCUUAACACCUUCAUCCUGCUGCUGUUUGGUUCCCAACUGACCAUGUUUACAUGGAUGGCGGUAGAUUCUACGGCCGGGAUCUAUGGCUGGACCACGUUCUACAGCCUAGUGAUAGGAGGUGUUCAGUCACUACUACUGCCUGCAGCGAUAGCUUCCUUGGAAACAGACAUGCGGAGACUGGGCUCGCGGAUGGGCAUCGUGUUUUCUGCCAUAGGGGUUGGGGCUCUUGUUGGGUCUCCGAUAGGGGGCGCCCCGAUUUCAAAGAUGAAUGGCUCUUACGUCGGCGCGCAAGCUUUCGCUGGUGGAAGUCUAGCUGUCGGAGGCAUCUUCGUUGCCGCGGCAAGAGAGGCGAGACGGAGGGAAGAUCGUCAGCAUAUUUGGGUCAAGAUGUAG